AUGUAUACUCUGAUUCUCCAUGGAAGAAACUCGCUCAAGCUUCAGAAUUUGCGUAAUUUGAGAUUCGCAGCGCAAAAUCAAAAUCCCUUCUUUGCUUUCUCCAAUUCCUUCUCCUCUGCUGCAGAUGUGAGUCCUUUUGAAGAUGGUCGAAAAGGUCAGAACUUUACAGUCUCUUACCUUGUUGAUUCACUGGGUUUAACCACAAAGCUCGCAGAAUCAAUCUCCAGGAAAGUCAGCUUCGAGAGCAAAGCAAAUCCAGAUUCAAUUCUGAGUCUUCUCAGAAGCCAUGGAUUCACAGAUUCUCAGAUCUCCGACAUCGUCACAGAUUAUCCGCUACUGCUUACAUCAGAUGCUGAGAAAUCUCUCGCCCCCAAGCUUAAGUUUCUUCAGUCGAGAGGAGCUUCAAGCUCUGAGCUCACAGAGAUUGUCUCAAAAGUUCCAAAGAUCUUGGGGAAAAGAGUAGGCAGAUCCAUCAGCGUUUACUACGACUUCGUCAAGGACAUUGUAGAAGCUGAUAAGAGCUCAAGAGAGUAUGAGAAGUCAUGCCAUUCAUGGCCAGAAGGUAUGCGAGCUAACAAAAUCAGAAACGUUUUGGUAUUGAGAGAUUUGGGUGUGCCUAUGAGGUUCUUGUUCCCUUUGCUUAUAUCAGAAAGCCAACCAAUCUGUGGGAGAGAAAGAUUUGAUAAAACACUCAAGAAGGUUGUUGAGAUGGGUUUUGAUCCCAAGACCUCAAGGUUUGUGGAAGCUCUCAAGGUCUUGUACCAACUGAGUGACAAAACGGUUGAAGAGAAGCUCAGUAUUCUUGAUAAAAGGUUAGGCUUUGCUGUGGGAGAUGUUUGGGAGAUUUUCAAGAAGUCUCCAAUCUGUCUGGCACUCUCUGAGCAGAAGAUACAGAGCUCCAUUGAGACAUAUCUAGGUUUAGGGUUCAGCGAGGAUGAGUUGGCGAUAAUGGUCAAACGCUCUGCCUCGUGUUUGAAUUACACUGCAGAGACGGUGAAGAAGAAGACUGAGUUUCUUGUGAAGGAGAUGAAUUGGCCGUUAAAGUCUGUGGCUUUGUUCCCUCAGGUGCUUGGAUUGAACAUGGAGAAGAGGGUUGUGCCGAGGUGUAAUGUGAUCAAAGCUCUCAUGUCGAAAGGAUUGAUCGGAAAGGGAAGUGAACUUCCUUCAAUGGCGUCUGUCUUGGCGGUUACUGAUGAAGCUUUCUUAAAGAGGUAUGUGAUGAAGCAGGAGGACAAGAAGCUUGUGGCUGUGUUGAUGUCUAUCUUCACCAGAGAUUGUGUUUCAUAG